AUGGAUGAAGCGAUCCCUCAAGGAGGUCGAGGUCUGGGUAAAGUUGAGAGACGGCUGGAACUGCCGCUUGCGCCGUCUGCAGCGGUGACGGCCGAGCGCUCGGCGGGUCCUCAUGCAGCACCGCUGCCGGCUGUGAUCGCCGCUUUGGCGGAGGUGAGUCGAGAUCAGGAUCUAAGUGGAGCUUCCUCUUUUGUCGUGUGUCUGUCAAACGCACUGAGCUCACUGCUGACACCUACAGGUGACGACUGUAAGGAGACGCAGCUCUCGGAGACGGACGCCGUCCCCUCGUCCUCGAGGUCGUCUCUGGCGCCCUCUGUGUUGGGGCUGAUGCGGAGCGCUGCUGUUUUCACAGGUAAAACAGGAGGGGCCAUCCUCCGGUGGCUCAGCAGAAGAUGGCAUCACAUGACUGCUCCUGACCGUCCCGUCCUGCUGACACGCUUCCCGCCCAGAUGUGUCCUGCUCCUGGUUCCUCUGCUGCUCGUCCUCAUCGGCCCGUGUUGGUUUGGCCUCGCCGGCCUACAGUCCGUCCUCGCAGCUCUAAACCUCACAGAUUGGACGAAGGUGGUCUCCGACGUCCCCCCUCUGUCCUCCAUGUGCAGCUUCAUGUCCUCACAGAGCCCAUCAGCAGAGACCGCUGCAGAGGGGUCGGGGGAGGAGCUCUAUCCUCGACCGCCACCAGCCGAGGAGGAGGAGUCGGCCCGGCUGGUCGACCUGGAGCAGAGCCUGACGGAGCUGUGGCGGCGUGUGGAGGCCGCAGGUCAGCAGGCGGAGCAGAGACACGGGGAGGUUCUCCAGCUGUACGCCGACCUGCAGCAGCGGCAGGUCUCUGCUCAGAGCGGCGAGGACGACCUGCAGCAGCGGCUCAGCAGCCGGAUCGACCACGAGCUGACGGAGCUGAGGAGGCGACUGGACGAGGAGCGACAGGUCAGAGAGCAGCAGACGCAGCAGCAGAGUCUCUGGUCUGGUCUGGAUCAGCUGCAGCUGCUGGCGGCUCACACGCAGGAGGAUCGGUGGAGGCGAGAAGCUGCGUCCGUUCCACAGUCAACGCUUCCUGCCGCCAUCAGCACGGGUGUGGACCGUCAGUCCCACGACGGCCUGCGGGCGGAGGUAGCGAGGCUGGAGGCGGCUCUGGAGGACGUGAGGCGGGAGGUGGACGCUCUGUCUGGGUUCAAGGAGCGUUGCCAACAACUGGAUGGAGUCCAGCAGACGAUCUCGGAACAGGUCUCGGUUCAGGUGCGCGAGGAGCUUCGGGUUCUCGUGAACGGGAAUCGGGUGAGAGCGGCGGGCGGAGGAGACUCCGACGGUCUCCCAGAGUCGCUCCUCCAGUGGCUGUCGCAGCAGUAUGUCAGCAGGGCUGACCUGCAGGUGGCGCUGUCGACUCUGGAGCGCAGCCUCCUGCAGAACAUCAAACUGCCGCAUGGCAACGAGGAGGUCGGAGAGAGCGUCCUGCAGACCCCCGGGGACACCGUCCUGCAGACCCCCGGGGACACCGUCCUGCAGACCCCCGGGGACACCGUCCUGCAGACCCCCGGGGACACCGUCCUGCAGACCCCCGGGGACACCGUCCUGCAGACCCCCGGGGACACCGUCCUGCAGACCCCCGGGGACACCGUCCUGCAGACCCCCGGGGACACCGUCCUGCAGACCCCCGGGGACACCGUCCUGCAGACCCCCGGGGACACCGUCCUGCAGACCCCCGGGGACACCGUCCUGCAGACCCCCGGGGACACCGUCACGCCCGAGGAAGUCCACGUGAUCGUGAAGAACGCUCUGCGGCGGUUCUCCCAGGACCAGACUGGCCUCGCCGACUACGCUCUGGAGUCUGGAGGGGGCAGUGUUGUGAGCACUCGCUGCUCCGAGACGUUCGAGACCAAGGCGGCGCUGCUCAGUCUGUUCGGACUUCCUCUCUGGUAUUUCUCUCAGUCUCCUCGAGUUGUCAUCCAGCCGGACGUCCAUCCUGGAAACUGCUGGGCGUUCAGAGGCUCCACCGGUUUCCUGGUGAUCCGUCUCUCCAUGAGGAUCCUCCCCAGCGCCUUCUCCCUGGAGCACAUCCCCAAAGCCCUGGCGCCCAGCGGCGCUCUGCACAGCGCUCCCCGAGACUUCAGCGUCUACGGUCUAGAUGACGAGCAGCAGGACAGAGGGAAGCUGCUGGGAGCGUACACGUAUGACCAGGAUGGAGAAGCUCUGCAGACCUACGCCGCCACGGAGGAGAACGAUCAGAUGUUCCAGAUCCUGGAGGUGAAGGUUUGGUCCAACUGGGGCCACGAGGAGUUCACGUGUGUUUACCGGUUCAGAGUGCACGGCUCGCCCAGCGGCGUCCGACGACCACGCUCACACACUCAGUCAGACUGAGGGUUUGAAUUGAAGCUGUGCUGCUCGCUGCUGAUUGGCUGCUGACUGUGCCUGAGCAUCCACGCACUUCAAUUUCAAGUGGAUGUUGUUGAUCAAAGUCUCGACAGUGACGGUAGCCCCGCCCCCUUUAGGCGUGAUCCGAGCGCCGUGGCUUUCCUGUGGAGUGACGACACUUUGACGACUUUGAGUUUUCUGUCCAUAGUUAUUUUUAUAUCUGCGUUGUUUUGUAUUUGUGGUUUAUGGGUUUUUAUCUUUGCCUUUGUCACACAGACAGUUUUAUAGGAUCAGCUCAUAUUCUGUAUCAACACAUCUAUGAACAUGUUUUAAUUGUUCCUCCUGUUGACGCUUUAAUAAACAAUGAUUUUAC